ACUAUAUUAUGUUCAGGUUAAUAUUUCGGAGAUCUCUAAACAAUCGCGAGCAAAAUUCCCUAUAGACAAGCAGAAAAUGGCACGAUACCUAGCACAGAUCAUCAUUUUGGGUGCCCAGCUGGUUGGCCGGGCGCUGGUAAAGACGAUGCGCCAGGAGCUGCAGGCCUUCGAGGAUGCGGCGCGCCUUCAGGAAUCGCUGAAGGCCAACGAUCCCAGCAGCAGCAGGAGUGUGGUGGCCACGGGAAUGACCCUGGCGGAGGCCCAGCAGAUUCUCAAUGUGAGUGACCUCACUGACCGCCAGGCGAUAGAUACGCACUACGAGCACUUGUUUCGUGUGAACGACAAAGGCACCGGCGGUACCUUCUACAUUCAGUCGAAAGUUUUUCGGGCCAAGGAGCGAAUCGACCAGGAACUGGAGCGGAUGGAGCUGUUGGUCAAGACCGACGCAUCACAUUCAUUCCCGCCAUCGCCAUCGGAAUCCUCGCCAUUCCAAUGCCAGAACAAAGAGCCGGGGCACAAGAGCCGAUGAUCCUUCCAAGCUGUAUUCCUGGAUUGCUCAUCUUAUUUACAAAAUCGUCUUCGAACUUCAUGUACAUGUAUUUAUUUAAAUCGUCAA